GUUGAAAUGCGAUUUUAGCACUGGAAAAACAUAAGCCUGAAGGAUUUCACCGACAAUGGAACAAGGUGAAAGUUUGCGAAUUAGAGUUGUUAUGGGUAAAGACAGGAUCAGUGAGUUGCCUGAUGCUUUGCUUAUAAAGAUACUGUCUUUUCUUCCAACAAAGAUUGUCGUAGCCACGAGUGUUUUUUCUAAACAAUGGAGGCCUCUUUGGAAGUUGGUGCCAAAUCUCGAGUUCGAUUCUGAGGAUUACGACGACAAAGAACAGUAUACAUUUUCAGAGAUAGUUUGCAAAUCUUUCCUUUCACAUAAAGCCCCGGUUCUAGAGAGCUUUCGUCUUGAGUUUGAAUCAGAAAAAGUUGAUCCUGUAGAUAUUGGACUUUGGGUUGGAAUUGCGUUUUCUAGACAUCUGCGUGAAUUGGUGCUCGUUGCUGCUGAUACCGGGACGGGGACGGCUUUCAAAUUUCCGAGUAGCUUGUGUACUUGCAACACACUUGAGACUUUGAGACUCGUACUUUUGAUUCUUGUUGAUAUCUCUUCUCCGGUAGUAAUGAAGUCUCUUAGGACUCUCCAUCUUGAGCUUGUGAGCUACAAAGACGAAUCAUCUAUCCGUAACCUUUUAUCAGGCUGCCCUAUUCUUGAAGAAUUGCUUGUGAUUCGAGGUGAAGAUUCUGAUAUUGAGGUUUUCACUAUUGAUGAGGUCCCUUCUUUGAAGAGAUUAACGAUUAAUGACGACCAUGAUGGACAAGAGUUUUGGGGAUAUGUGAUAAAUGCUCCUUCUUUGAAAUACUUACUGAUUGAAGACUUAAGAUGUCCCGGGUUUUGUCUGAAUGCGCCGGAGCUAAUGGAGGCAAAUAUUUUUGAUGGUACAUCUAUAACCAAUGACAACUUUCUUGGAUAUCUCACUUCAGUCAAACGGUUGUUGUUGAAUUUAUCACCUUGGAAGAUUACAUAUCCUACUGGAAGUAUCUUCUAUCAGCUGGUAUCUCUAGAGAUGUAUACACGUGAAAUAGAUUGGUGGGAUCUACUUACGCUCAUGCUCGAACAUUCUCCUAAACUACAAGUUCUCAAGCUCACUGAUAAUUGUGUGAAAUUUCAUAAAAAUGGUUUGCCGGGCGGCAAAUGGAAUGAGCCAAAGUAUGUCCCUGAAUGUUUGUUGUCGCAUUUAGAGACAUUUGUGUGGAGAAGAUUCGAUUGGGGAAGAGAAGAAGAGAAAGAAAUAGCUACAUACAUUCUAAAGAACGCAAGACGAUUGAACAAGGCAACUUUCUCGACAAAUCCUGUUAACUCGGAAGAGCUCGACAAGUUGAAAGAGAGACGUAAGGUGCACAACGAAUUAGAUGGUGUGGUCAGGGCUUCAAAUUCAUGCCAGUUUGUAUUCAAAUUCGAUACAUCUUAUCAUGUAUCAGACUCUUCUUAGGGUCUUGGGUAGUGGUGCUAGUCGUUGGGAGUUGAAAACUUGAAAGUUUAAAGUAUUAGACCAUCUCCAAUGGUGAGAACCACAUGAGAGGCUCUCACCAUUUUUAAGUUUUAA